GCAAUAGCGCGAGACACGAGAACGCGCUCUACUUUGCUGUGUUUUUCGUGUCCUCGCGCACCUCUGUAACGCUAUAUAAGGGCCCCCCCUCAGCGCCAUGUCUCAGUCUCCUGACAAACGCCGUAAGAUGGAGUGUGCGCUCGCGCAGGUGAAGAAGCACACGGUGGUGGUCGCCGACACGGGAGAUUUUAACGCGAUUGAAGAGUACAAGCCCCAGGAUGCUACGACAAACCCAUCGCUCAUCCUGGCAGCGGCAAAGAUGCCCACUUAUCAGCAUCUUGUGGACCAGGCUAUUAAAUAUGGUACUGCCAGCGGCGGAACUGAAGAGGAGCAGAUCAUGAACACGAUGGACAAGCUGUUUGUUAGCUUUGGAGUAGAGAUUCUCAAGAAGGUCCCUGGUCGAGUUUCCACCGAGGUGGAUGCCAGGUUGUCAUUCGAUAAAGACGGCAUGGUGUCUCGAGCACGAAAGCUCAUCUCUUUGUAUGAGGAGGCUGGAGUGAGUAAGGACCGAGUGCUCAUCAAGCUUUCUUCUACAUGGGAAGGCAUCCAGGCUGGCCGGGAGCUGGAGGAGAAAGAUGGCAUCCACUGCAACAUGACCCUGCUGUUCUCUUUCGCCCAGGCGGUGGCUUGUGCCGAGGCCAAAGUCACCCUCAUCUCACCAUUUGUUGGCCGCAUACUGGACUGGUACAAAGAUAACACAGACCGCAAGUCUUACGAGCCACACGAGGACCCUGGUGUGAUAAGCGUAACAAAGAUCUAUAACUACUAUAAGAAGUUUGGUUACAACACCGUGGUUAUGGGGGCAUCUUUCAGGAACACUGGAGAGGUCAAGGCUUUGGCUGGAUGUGACCUUCUCACCAUUUCCCCAGGGCUGCUGGGAGAACUGAGUAAGGAUCACAGCACUGUGUCCCUCACUCUCACUCCAGAGAAAGCGAAGGCUUGUGAUCUGGAGAAGAUCCAUCUGGAUGAGAAGACCUUUCGUUGGCUGCACAAUGAGGACCGCAUGGCUGUAGAGAAGCUAUCAGAUGGCAUCCGGAAAUUUGCUGCUGAUGCCGUGAAGCUCGAGGGCAUGAUCAAGGAGAAGAUGCUCAGUGUGAAAAACGGACAGUAACACUGUUUAAAAACCACGAAGUCCCCGUGCAUCCUGAAACUCCCGAUCAGCUUGUCACUACCGGCUGAAAGCAGGAACCGGCUGCUGAAGCUGAAACUCAUUCCGUAGUCUUAAAUCUCUUAGACCACAAAGAGCUCUUGCACUAAUCAAAAACUUUGUGUUUUAGUUAGAGAUAAAGUCCUGUGAGAAUUAAACAUUCCUAUAUUCAAAAAAACAAUAAUAAAGAAUAAUGUGUGUUUGGGGGAUAAACUGUACCAAAGGGACUAAACAGACUAAGAUGUUCACACUGAUUAUAUUUUUUAUUAUAAUAAAAUAAUGACCUUCAAAUCUA